GCUGAGUGUGCCGAGGCGCUGGGACCACAGCGGCAGCCUGCUGGAAGCUGCAUCCAGCCAGUCUCCGGACUUCGCGAGCGGGGACCGGGCGCAGGGAGGCAGCCACCCGCAGGACCUGGGAAAUAGGGAUUCCUCUGCCACCACGUCGGGUUUCUAGCAGCUCGGUGCUACAUUGCUGUCUCAAAAUGCAGAGGAUCUAAUUUGCCGAGGAGAACGGCCAAAGAAGGAAGAGGAGGAAAAGGGGGGAAAAAAAAGGGUAUUUUGUGGAUGCUCUACUUUUCUUGGAAAUGCAAAAGAUUAUGCAUAUAUCUGUCCUCCUUUCUCCUGUUUUGUGGGGACUGAUUUUUGGUGUCUCUUCUAACAGCAUACAGAUAGGGGGGCUGUUUCCCAGGGGCGCCGAUCAGGAAUACAGUGCAUUUCGGGUAGGGAUGGUUCAGUUCUCCACUUCGGAGUUCAGACUGACACCCCACAUCGACAAUUUGGAGGUAGCCAACAGCUUCGCAGUCACCAAUGCUUUCUGUUCCCAGUUUUCAAGAGGAGUGUAUGCAAUUUUUGGAUUUUAUGACAAGAAGUCUGUAAACACCAUCACGUCAUUCUGUGGGACGCUCCAUGUAUCUUUCAUCACUCCCAGCUUCCCAACAGAUGGCACCCACCCAUUUGUCAUUCAGAUGCGACCAGACCUCAAAGGAGCUCUUCUCAGCUUGAUUGAGUACUACCAAUGGGAUAAGUUUGCAUACCUCUAUGACAGUGACAGAGGCUUGUCCACCCUGCAGGCGGUGCUGGAUUCCGCUGCCGAAAAGAAGUGGCAAGUGACUGCUAUCAACGUGGGGAACAUCAACAAUGACAAGAAAGAUGAGACCUACCGCUCGCUCUUCCAGGAUCUGGAGCUAAAGAAGGAGCGGCGGGUCAUCCUAGACUGUGAGCGGGACAAAGUCAACGACAUCGUGGACCAGGUUAUUACCAUUGGAAAACAUGUUAAAGGGUACCAUUACAUCAUUGCAAAUCUGGGAUUUACUGACGGAGACCUAUUAAAAAUUCAGUUUGGAGGUGCAAACGUCUCUGGAUUUCAGAUAGUAGACUAUGAUGACUCCAUGGUAUCUAAGUUUAUAGAAAGAUGGUCAACACUGGAAGAAAAAGAAUACCCUGGAGCACACACGACUACAAUUAAGUAUACUUCUGCUCUGACCUAUGACGCCGUUCAAGUGAUGACCGAAGCUUUUCGAAACCUACGGAAGCAGAGAAUUGAAAUCUCCCGAAGGGGGAAUGCAGGAGACUGUCUGGCAAACCCUGCUGUGCCCUGGGGACAAGGGGUAGAAAUAGAAAGGGCCCUCAAACAGGUGCAGGUUGAAGGUCUCUCAGGAAAUAUCAAGUUUGACCAGAAUGGAAAAAGAAUAAAUUAUACAAUUAACAUCAUGGAGCUCAAAACGAAUGGGCCACGCAAGAUCGGGUACUGGAGCGAAGUCGACAAAAUGGUUGUUACUCUCACCGAACUCCCUUCUGGAAACGAUACUUCUGGGCUUGAGAAUAAGACUGUGGUCGUCACUACAAUUUUGGAAUCUCCAUAUGUUAUGAUGAAGAAAAAUCAUGAAAUGCUUGAAGGCAAUGAGCGCUACGAGGGCUACUGUGUUGACUUGGCUGCAGAAAUAGCCAAGCACUGUGGGUUCAAGUACAAGUUGACCAUUGUUGGGGAUGGCAAGUAUGGGGCCAGGGAUGCAGACACGAAAAUUUGGAAUGGGAUGGUUGGAGAACUUGUAUAUGGGAAAGCUGAUAUUGCAAUUGCUCCACUAACCAUCACCCUUGUGAGAGAGGAGGUGAUCGAUUUCUCAAAGCCCUUUAUGAGCCUCGGGAUAUCAAUCAUGAUCAAGAAGCCUCAGAAGUCCAAACCAGGAGUGUUUUCAUUUCUUGAUCCUUUAGCCUAUGAGAUCUGGAUGUGCAUUGUUUUUGCCUACAUAGGGGUCAGUGUAGUUUUAUUCCUGGUCAGCAGAUUUAGCCCCUACGAGUGGCACACUGAGGAGUUUGAAGAUGGAAGAGAAACACAAAGUAGUGAAUCAACUAAUGAAUUUGGGAUUUUUAAUAGUCUCUGGUUUUCCUUGGGUGCCUUUAUGCAGCAAGGAUGCGAUAUUUCGCCAAGAUCCCUGUCUGGGCGCAUUGUUGGAGGAGUUUGGUGGUUCUUUACCCUGAUCAUAAUCUCCUCCUACACGGCUAACUUAGCUGCCUUCCUGACCGUAGAGAGGAUGGUGUCUCCCAUUGAAAGUGCGGAGGAUCUUUCUAAGCAAACAGAAAUUGCUUAUGGAACAUUAGACUCUGGCUCCACUAAGGAAUUUUUCAGGAGAUCUAAAAUUGCAGUGUUUGAUAAAAUGUGGACCUACAUGAGAAGUGCAGAGCCCUCAGUGUUCGUGAGGACUACAGCCGAAGGAGUGGCCAGAGUGCGCAAGUCCAAAGGGAAAUACGCCUACUUGCUGGAGUCCACCAUGAACGAGUACAUUGAGCAGAGGAAGCCUUGUGACACCAUGAAAGUUGGUGGGAACCUGGAUUCCAAAGGCUAUGGCAUCGCCACACCUAAAGGAUCCUCAUUAAGAACCCCAGUAAACCUUGCAGUAUUGAAACUCAGUGAGCAAGGCGUCUUAGACAAGCUGAAAAACAAAUGGUGGUACGAUAAAGGCGAGUGUGGCGCGAAGGACUCUGGAAGUAAGGAAAAGACCAGUGCCCUCAGUCUGAGCAACGUUGCUGGAGUGUUCUACAUCCUUGUCGGGGGCCUUGGCUUGGCCAUGCUGGUGGCUUUGAUUGAGUUCUGUUACAAGUCAAGGGCCGAGGCGAAGCGAAUGAAGGUGGCAAAGAAUGCACAGAAUAUUAACCCAUCUUCCUCGCAGAAUUCACAGAAUUUUGCAACUUAUAAGGAAGGUUACAACGUAUAUGGCAUCGAAAGUGUUAAGAUUUAGGGGAUGACCUUGAAUGACGCCAUGAGGAGAGAGGAGAGGCUGUCAGUUACAGGAAGUACUCGAGAAAAUGGACGUGUUAUGACUCCAGAAUUUCCAAAAGCAGUGCAUGCUGUCCCUUACGUGAGUCCUGGCAUGAGAAUGAAUGUCAGUGUGACUGAUAUCUCGUGAUUGAUAAGAACCUUUUGAGUGCCUUACACAAUGGUUUUCUUGUGUGUUUAUUGACAAAGUGGUGAGAGGCAUCCAGUAUCUUGAAGACUUUUCUUUCAGCCAAGAAUUCUUAAAUAUGUGGAAUUCAUCUUGAGUUGUGAGGAAUGGUCACCUAAAGACACAACAUCCUUUUCUACUCCAGUUCCAGACGAAGCUUGGCGGACAUGCACAGCUACCAUGGAAGUACUCUAAUUUCACCGACGGCUUUGUACAGACAACAAACCCGUUUCUGCAGCCACUGUUGUUAGUCUCUUGAUUCAUAAUGACUUAAGCACACUUGACAUCAACUGCAUCAAGAUGUGACAUGUUUUAU